AUGGUGAGGUGCUGGAAGCGCACAGAGGCCACGCCAGGUGACUCAGAAUGCACGGAUACGGGCCAGAAUGUGGCCCCAAAGUUUCCUCACCGAGUGUUCUGGGGCUGCCUGUCCACUACGCUGUUCAUCGUGAUUGUGGCCGUCAGUGUUUACGCACAUUUAGGCAUCUCACAAGAUGACACAGAGUCUGCUGUGCAGAUUGUCAGAAUCACAGCUCCUGACCAGUCUGGCACGGUCUUCAAUCAAUCUGCAUUGGUCGACAAACACAACAAUUUGGUCUCCUAUUCAGUGACAUCCCAAGCAAAUCAUACCUCUACGGUGCUCUAUCACAUGAAGGAUGGAUUGGUGUGUUACAAGCCAGACAACCAAGACACCUGCUUCCUGCACAAAAUGGAAGGCUCCGACUAUGACAACGUGAACUCACUCUUGAACAUGUCCAACCAGCAGGUCAACCAGUUCUGGCUGGUGGGGAAUGAGACACGCAGACACGCUGAGUUCUUGGGGGUUAUUGCAGACUCUCGAGUGGACACCUCAACCCUCCCAAAGCCCAUUCAGGACCUCUGCCAGCAAAGUUCUGUGUACUGGACCAAGAGAGCCGAUGGUCCAGGGAAACAACGGCUCAUUUACUUCUGUAUAGACAUCUGCUUUCCCAGCAACAUCUGUGUGUCAGUGUGCUUCUACUACCUGCCUGAAUGA